CCAUGCAGUGAAAGACGACCCUGAACGUGACACUACGAAAAACCGAGCAACCAAGGCGAUCAUGGCUCACCACCAGCUUCCGGACUUCGAAGAAGGCAAAGAUAAGUGGACGCCAUACCUUAUUAAAGUCGAAGCAUACUUCGAAGCGAAUGCCAUUGAAGACUCGACUAAGAAAAGAGCAUUGCUGGUGGCUGCCUUAAGCACGCACACGAUACAAGUACUGGCAGGGAAGGUGGCUCCACGCAAGCCGAAUGCGCUGACUUAUGAAGAAGUCGUGGCAGUGUUGAGUGAGCACUACGAUCCCAAGCGACAUGAAAUCACAGAAAGUUACAAGUUUUUCAGUCGGUGUCAAGCGGAGGGGGAGCCCAUUAAUGAAUUUCUAGUCGACAUUCGCCGAAUCGCUGAUAAUUGCAAUUUUGGCAGUGCUUUAAAUCGCAUGCUACGAGAUCGCAUUGUGUGUGGUGUCCGGUCAAGGGCACUGCAGAAGCAGCUACUUGCGAAGCAGGAAUUAACAUUAGAAGACGCUGAAGCGAUGGUCCUCUCAGCUGAAGCUGCAGAUAGUGGCGUGAAAAACAUGAACGAAUCGGCCUUGACACCAGUGUUGAAAGUAGAAGCGUAUCAGCAGAAAACACCGCAAGACGAGAGGCGGAGUGCUACACGUCAAGAAUGUUCAAGGUGCGGUAGUGCAAAGCACAAUGAGACCUGUUGCACCUGGUCUAACGCUCGCUGUUAUCGCUGUGGAGGACGCGGUCACCUUGCAAGGAAAUGCCGAAGCCGCGGUGCUCGCGAGCAAGGAACAGCAAGGAGGGCACAAACCAACAUUCUCACGGGGACGGAAGGUUCGACAGACGACGAACACGAAGCAGCGCACAUCUGGACCUUGGCCUCUGAACGGAAGAGCUGUCUGGUACCACCCAUUCGCCGGACGUUCUCUUGGUGUGGUGUGCAGCUUACCAUGGAAGUCGAUACUGGGUCGCCCGUUUGUGUCAUCCCACAUCAACUGUACGAGAAGCACCGCGACCAAUGGCCGAAACUGAGACCAUCCAGUGUGAAAUUAUCCUGCUACUCAGGACGACUGCCAGUGCUUGGGGAGCUUGCGCUCAGUGUUUCACAUAAGGGAGCGACGGUGGAGUGCGCGCUGACCGUGUUAGACUGUGCGGGACCAAGCCUCUGCGGUCGAGAUUUAAUUCAGCUGCUGAACGUCGCUGGUGUGCCGGUGGUUUGCGUUGCUGGAGUCUCGGAGCCCACUGAACAGACGGGCAAGUCCAGUGUGAACAGCAUAUUCAACGACUUCCACGACGUGUUUUCCGAGGAACUGGGGCUCAUCACAGGCCCUCCGGUCAGUCUGCACCUAAAGGAAGGCGCCGUACCUAAGUUCUGCCACAGUGAACCCCGCAUGCGCCACUGA